CUCCAGUUGGAAAUCUCCCUAGAUAAUCCGUUGUGAGCCUCCAAACCAUCUGCCUCGUAAUCACUGUUUACCAACUUGGUUCAAUGUACUACUAAAAUGAUAAGGAUGAGAAGAUACCUGGUCAUAGUGUCACACCUUUGGCUCUUUCCUAACAGCUCCCUCUAAAUUUUCAAGCUAUCUUUAUCUAUCCUGCAUCCUAUAUAAACACACAAAUUCUUUUAUCUACUAUUCACAUCAUUUAUCCUGUUAAUCAAACACAAACACCUAAAACACUCAUUAGUUUUCUGGUUAAACAAAACAUUAAUUCAAUCAAUGGCUUCUUCUUCUACAUCAACUUCUUCCAUCUUGUGUUUCCUGUUGUUUGUUUGUCUCUUCCACUUCUCUUCAGCUACAGGAAGAAAACUCAAUGCGUUAGUACAAGAUAAACCAGCUAUGUCAUUACAAUACCAUAAUGGUCCACUUCUUAGUGGUCAGACUUCUGUUAAUCUCAUUUGGUAUGGCAAUUUCAAACCAGCCCAAAGAGCUAUAAUCUCUGAUUUCUUCAAUUCUCUUUACACCACACCUAAAACUCAAUCCCCUACGGUUUCUAUGUGGUGGAAAAAAGUUGAGAAGUACUACAAUCUUCCAAAUUCUUCAAAGAAACCCACUUCUUUGGCUCUUAAAUUAGGGAGACAAAUUCUUGAUGAGAAAUACUCUUUGGGUAGAUCUCUUAACAAUAAGAAAAUUGUUAGAUUAGCAUCAAGAGGUGAACAUAGUAAUGCAAUCAAUGUUGUAUUAACGUCUUCUGAUGUUACCGUCGACGGGUUCUGUUCAAGUAGAUGUGGUACUCAUGGGUCUUCAUAUUCCACUUCAAAGAAAUCCAAAUUUGCUUACAUUUGGGUUGCGAAUUCGGAAACUCAGUGUCCUGGUCAAUGUGCUUGGCCGUUUCACCAACCGAUUUAUGGACCACAGGGUGCACCAUUAGUUGCACCAAACAAUGAUGUUGGUGUAGACGGCAUGGUCAUCAAUCUUGCUAGUUUAUUAGCUGGUACUGCAACAAACCCUUUCGGAAAUGGGUAUUACCAAGGACCAGCUGGAGGCUCAUUAGAAGUCGCUUCGGCUUGUACUGGCAUAUACGGCGAAGGAGCUUAUCCUGGUUAUGCAGGAAAUGUACUAGUUGAUCCAAGUACGCGUGCAAGUUAUAACGCGAAUGGAGCCAAUGGGAGAAAGUACUUGUUACCUGCAUUAUUUGAUCACUCUACUUCCACUUGUUCUACUCUAGUGUAAAACAGGUGUACAGAGCAAAACAAAAUAUGAAAACUGAUAUAAUGUGGUAACCUGUAUAUAUAAGUAGCGGUUAGGGUCUGAGGUUAUAUUGAUAAUGUACUUGUUCAUUCUAUUUUGAAUAUAUUGGAAGUUGUAAAAUUCUGUUGUUGGGAUUGGAGGCCAAAUGGCGCAUGCGCAUAAAGAGCA